GCGACGACAACUCCUUUUGUGGUUGGCUGCGCGUUCGCUAUCGCCGCCGCCUCGUCCCAGGGCCCUAUAGCUCCGAAACUGAACCUGUCGUCUUCAUUCGACGACAACAAUAAGCGCUGUCAUGACGGACCAACAAAUGGACUGUGCGCUUGAUCUCAUGAGAAGGCUGCCACCUCAGCAGAUCGAGAAAAACCUCAGUGAUCUCAUUGACUUGGUUCCACUGUUAUGCGAGGAUUUACUCUCGUCUGUCGAUCAGCCUCUAAAAAUAGCCAAGGACAAAGAGAGUGGCAAGGAUUACCUACUCUGUGAUUACAACAGAGAUGGUGAUUCAUACAGAUCUCCAUGGAGCAAUACUUACGAUCCUCCACUGGAAGAUGGCUCGAUGCCAUCCGAGAGGCUAAGAAAGUUGGAGAUUGAUGCCAAUCAUGCGUUCGAUCAAUAUCGUGAACUGUACUUUGAAGGUGGUGUGUCUUCUGUAUAUUUGUGGGAUUUGGACCAUGGUUUUGCAGGUGUUAUAUUAAUUAAGAAAGCUGGAGACGGAUCAAAGAAAAUUAAAGGCUGUUGGGAUUCUAUACACGUUGUUGAAGUGCAGCACAAAUCUACUAGCAGAUAUGCACACUAUAAACUUACUUCCACUGCAAUGUUGUGGUUACAAACUAAUAAACAUGGUUCAGGCACAAUGAAUUUAGGUGGGAGCCUCACGAGACAAGUGACGCAAGAUGCUCUUGUUAGUGAAAUAUCACCUCACAUUGCAAACAUAGGACGCUUGGUAGAAGACAUGGAAAACAAAAUAAGAAAUACAUUAAAUGAAAUAUACUUUGGAAAGACCAAAGACAUUGUAAAUGGCUUGAGAUCGGUUCAACCUCUAGCUGAUCAGAGGCAGCAGGCCGCUCUGAGACAAGAUCUAGCUGCUGCAUUACAGAGGCGAAAUGCUAACAAUUGAUCUCCAGAAGAACCCGAGAACUUUGAUUACGAUUGUGAUUAGAAAAAAAAAAAAAGAAAAAAAAAGAAAAAG